UCCGGCCCGGCCGGUCCGGGGCCCUCUGCGCUCGGCUCUCUGAGCAACUUUCCCUCCUGUCCGGCGGCUGCUGCCUUCUUGUGGGUGUCUUUGAGUUUGGUUGCUUAAGGAGGAUGUGAUUUUUUUUUUUCCUUCCGUAUUUCUUUUCCGUUUUAUGAUUUGAAACGGAGAAAAGAACUCACAGCCAGCUCGGACAGCCAAGAGCCGCCAGCCGCCCCCACUCGGACACCUCCGAAGGGAAGGGGAAUUGGAAGCAACUUGGGCCCAAGUGACUUUGAGGCCUCAGCAUCCUCUGGACUCUAAGGCCCGGGGUCAUGACUCUCAUGGUGGGCAGGUGGAAGGCUGUACCUGUCCUGGGCUGGACUUGAGUGUCCGCCCUCUGCCAGGAACCCCGCCGCCCCACCUCCACGUACUCAACUAGGCUAGGCCAGGUCAGCAACAUGGAUAAGUACGACGACCUGGGCCUGGAGGCCAGUAAGUUCAUUGAGGACCUGAACAUGUACGAGGCCUCCAAAGAUGGACUCUUCCGAGUGGACAAGGGUGCAGGCAACAACCCGGAGUUUGAGGAAACCCGCAGGGUGUUUGCUACCAAGAUGGCCAAAAUCCACCUCCAGCAGCAGCAGCUCCUGCAGGAGGAAACCCUGCCCAGGGGGAGCCGGGGUCCCGUUAACGGCGGGGGACGCCUGGGCCCACCCGCCCACCGGGAAGCUGGUGGGGGCAGCAGGCUGGCGGCGGACGGUGCUGCCAAGCCCCCUCUCGCUGCCUCAACCGUGACCCCUGGGACGACCACCACCGUGGUGCCUGGGCAGCCCUCGUACCCACCCCAGGAGCAGAGGGCCAAGCUGUACGUCCAGGGUUCGAGGCAAGGCAGCCAAGACUGUGGGUCCAAGGAGAGCAUGACGAGUUCUGAGAUGUCUGCUUUCCAUCAGCCGGGCCCCUGUGAGGAUCCCUCCUGCCUCACCCACGGAGACUAUUAUGACAACCUGUCCUUGGCAGGCCCCAGGUGGGCCGACGACCCGGGAGUGUCCCCUGGCAUCAGGCUGGGUGUAGGAAGUGGGUGGUCUGGGACCCCAGGGAGUGACCCACUGCUGUCUAAGCCCUCCAGGGAGCCUCACCUGUACCACCAGCAGCUCUCCCCAGGCUCCGGCAGGUCUUUGCAGAGUGGCCAGGACGGUGGGCUUGGAGGAGGCAACAGCGAGAAGCCAGCGGGCGUCUGGACCACCGCCUCCUCCCAGCGAGUGAGCCCUGGCCUCCCUUCCCCGGGCCCAGAGAAUGGGGCCCUCCCGAGGUCUGCUCAGCCCAGGACCCCUUCUUUCUCAGCACCCCUGGCCCUGAACCGGCCCAGUCAAGGGUCUCUUCCCAGAACAAACUCGGGGGUAGGGAGUGAGGUUUCAGGCACGAUGCCCAAACCCACUGCGGACCCUCAACCCUGGUUCCAAGAUGGGCCCAAAUCUUACCUUUCUAGCUCUGCCUCUUCAUCCUCGCCAGCCAGCAUGGACCAUAUGCAGGCGGGUGCUGUCCCUGGGCUGGGUCCCAAGCCUGGCUGUACAGAUUCUGGCAUUGGUCCCAAGCUCAGCCCCAACAGCCUUGUCCAUCCAGUGAUGUCCACCCUGCCUGAGUUAUCUUGUAAAGAAGGUGCCUCCGGCUGGGCCUCUGAUGGCAGCCUGGGGCCUGUGCUCCCGGAGACGCCGAGUUCUCCCAGAGUGAGGCUACCCUGCCAGACGCUCAUCCCGGGCCCUGAGCUUGGACCCACAGCCGCCGAAUUAAAGUUAGAAGCCCUCACCCAGCGUCUGGAGCGGGAGAUGGAUGCCCACCCCAAGGCCGAUUACUUUGGAGCCUGUGUGAAAUGCAGCAAGGGGGUGUUUGGGGCCGGCCAGGCCUGCCAGGCCAUGGGGAACCUCUACCACGACGCGUGCUUCACCUGUGCAGCCUGCAGCCGGAAGCUGAGAGGAAAAGCCUUUUAUUUCGUCAACGGCAAAGUGUUCUGCGAGGAAGACUUCCUGUACUCUGGUUUCCAGCAGUCCGCGGACAGGUGUUUCCUCUGUGGACAUCUGAUCAUGGACAUGAUCCUGCAGGCCCUGGGGAAGUCCUACCACCCCGGCUGCUUCCGCUGCGUCAUCUGUAAUGAGUGUUUGGACGGGGUGCCCUUCACCGUGGACUCAGAGAACAAGAUCUACUGUGUCCGGGAUUACCACAAAGUGUUGGCCCCCAAGUGUGCAGCCUGUGGCCUUCCCAUCCUUCCUCCUGAGGGUUCAGACGAGACCAUCCGCGUCGUGUCCAUGGACAGAGACUAUCACGUGGAGUGUUACCACUGUGAGGACUGCGGCCUGGAGCUCAAUGAUGAAGACGGUCACCGAUGCUACCCGCUGGAGGACCACCUGUUCUGCCACUCCUGCCAUGUCAAGAGGCUGGAGAAGGGCCCCUCGCCCGCAGCCCUUCGCCAGCACCACUUCUAGCCAGAGCCUCCCGCAGAUCUCACGGCCAGACAAGGAGCCAGGGCUGCACCCUGAGAAGCCCACCAGUUCACUCCAGUCACCCCUGGGGUGGGAUUGGGGCCGGGUGGGCCUGGGGAGGCAGGUGAUUUCCUGCGUGUGUGCAGGGGUGCCUUUCAUUGAACCAGGGAGGGGAUCCCUGCCGGUCUGGGACUGUGUAUUUUCCAAGUGCCUUUCUCUCCGCUGCCACACCCUCAUCAGAUGACUCAGGAAGACACCCCGGCAAGCGCGUGGCAUGUGACGGAUCUCAGUAACGCGACCGAGUGAACCCUCCUGUCCUUUCUGGAGGGGCUCAUGCUUCAGAGGGAGAGACUUGCACUCAGCGCAUGCUCUGGAGAGAGAUUUCAGCUGCCAGUGUGUUCAGUCCUUUCCCUCCGCUUUGGGAAAUACCUGCACCCAAACAUCCCCUCCCAACCACACACACACACACACACACACACACACACACUCCCUCCCAGACACACACACUCCC